CUUCCGGGUCGCGCUGGGUCCGCUCGCUGCGGUCGGCUGCUCUGCGGGAGUCUGGGAGCCGCCCCCGCUCGGUGCCUUCCCGGCGCCGCCUGGUCGCUGGUGAAGCCUGCGGCGCGCGCCUCUCUCGGACCCUGCAGGGUACAGAAAUGUCACAUUUCAGCACUUACACCUGAAAUCAGCAUGCAAAUUUCAGGCCACAUGGAUGAGUGCCAAGUUGUGCAUUUCCUCUGUGUAUCCUGUGACCAUUCUAUCUGGGAACAUCGUUUAAAGAGUUCAUGCAUCUUACAGAGGACAUCUGACCUUUCGAAGCUUCAUAAUUCACAUCUAGAUGUCACCAGUCUUUCCCAUGUUAACAGUUCUGACUAUGUUUUAUUAUAUAUGCCUUCGGCGCCGAGCCAGAACAGCUGCAAGAGGAGAAAUGAUGAACAACCAUAGAACUAUAGAAUCAAAUAGUCGGACGUCCCCUCUCAAUGCAGAGGUGGUCCAGUAUGCCAAAGAAGUAGUAGAUUUCAGUUCUCAUUAUGGAAGUGAGAAUAGUAUGUCCUAUACCAUGUGGAAUCUGGCAGGUGUACCAAAUGUAUUCCCAAGUUCUGGUGACUUUACUCAGACAGCUGUGUUUCGAACUUAUGGAACAUGGUGGGACCAGUGUCCUAGUGCUUCCUUGCCAUUCAAGAGGACACCACCUUAUUUUCAGAGUCAGGACUAUGUGGAACUUACUUUUGAACAACAGGUGUAUCCUACAGCUGUUCAUGUUCUGGAAACCUAUCAUCCUGGAGCCGUCAUUAGGAUUCUGGCUUGCUCUGCAAAUCCCUACUCCCCAAGUCCACCAGCUGAAGUAAGAUGGGCAAUUCUUUGGUCAGAGAGACCUACGAAGGUGAAUGCUUCCCAGGCUCGCCAGUUUAAACCUUGUAUUAAGCAGAUAAAUUUCCCCACAAAUCUUAUACGGCUGGAAGUCAAUAGUUCUCUUCUGGAUUAUUACACUGAGUUAGAUGCAGUUGUGCUACAUGGUAUGAAGGAUAAGCCAGUGCUUUCUCUCAAGACUUCACUUAUUGACAUGGAUGAUCUAGAAGAUGAUGAUGAUGAAGAAAAGGAUGUUUGUGGACUGGAUACUCUUAACAAAAAGUUUAGCAGUACUGUCCUCCGGGAAGGGCCAAAUAAUGGCUACUUUGCUAAACUACCUUAUGAGCUCAUUCAACUGAUUCUGAAUCAUCUUACACUACCAGACCUGUGCAGAUUAGCCCAGACUUGCAAACUAAUGAACCAGCAUUGUUGUGAUCCUCUACAAUACAUCCACCUCAAUUUGCAACCAUACUGGGCAAAACUAAAUGACACAUCUUUGGAAUUUCUACAGACUCGAUGCGCUCUUGUUCAGUGGCUUAAUUUAUCUUGGACCGGCAAUCGAGGCUUCAUCUCUGUGUUAGGAUUUAGCAGGUUCCUGAAGGUUUGUGGAUCUGAAUUAGUACGCCUUGAAUUAUCUUGCAGCCACUUCCUUAAUGAAACUUGCUUGGAGGUUAUUUCUGAGAUGUGUCCAAAUCUACAGGACUUAAAUCUCUCAUCUUGUGAUAAAUUACCACCUCAAGCUUUCAACCAUGUUGCCAAAUUAUGUGGCCUUAAACGACUUGUUCUCUAUCGUACAAAAGUAGAGCAAACAGCGCUGCUCAGCAUUUUGAACUUCUGCGCAGCGCUUCAGCACCUCAGUUUGGGUAGCUGUGUAAUGAUUGAAGACUAUGAUGUGAUAGCUAGCAUGAUCGGAGCCAAGUGUAAAAAUCUUCGGACCCUGGAUCUGUGGCGAUGUAAGAACAUUACUGAGAAUGGGAUUGCAGAACUUGUUUCUGGGUGUCACCUUCUGGAAGAACUUGACCUUGGCUGGUGCCCAACUCUGCAGAGCAGCACUGGGUGCUUCGCCAGACUUGCACACCAGCUUCCAAACUUGCAGAAACUCUUUCUUACAGCCAACAGGUCUGUGUGUGACACAGACAUUGAAGAACUGGCAGGCAAUUGUACCAGAUUACAGCAACUGGACAUAUUAGGAACAAGAAUGGUAAGUCCAGCAUCUUUAAGAAAACUCCUGGAAUCCUGUAAAGAUCUUUCCUUACUGGAUGUGUCCUUCUGUUCACAGAUUGAUAACAGAGCUGUGCUGGAACUGAAUGCUAGCUUUCCAAAAGUGUUCAUAAAAAAGAGUUUUACUCAGUGACAAUGUGUUCUGUAAUAAAAUUGAUGUGCUUUUGUAGGAUUUUAUUUUGGGAUUGAUUUGGGGUUUUCCUUUGUUUGAUUUUUAUAGUGAGUGGGAAUCAAGACAUUUGUAAAUUUUAAAGAAAAAUAUCCAAUUGUCCAUUAGUUCAAGUAAAAAUGUAAGCAAAUGUUUGCAUAAAAUAUGGCAAGCACUUUUCUUCAAGAAUAUAUGAAUGACUGAUAAUGUUUUUAACUGUAUGUUAAUCAGUGAUAUUUUGCUUUAGUCAAUAAUUACAUGCUUAGUAAAAGAAAAUAUGGAAACACUUUAACUUAUUUUUAAAGGUACAUUUUGAGCAAUAAAGGAUCAUGAUAUUUAUGCAAAA